GCUCCACAUAGCUACGGCGUUCCACUUCUUUAAGGAAAACAUCUUGUCCCCGCCGGACUUAGAGCCUGAAGAAGUGUUGUGAGAGAGGACUAUACCCGGCUCGUCACCGUCAUCCAUCUCUGCUGCGCUGUAUCUACGACAAUGUGCAGCCCUCCCACAUUGACUCUGCACGUCAAACCCGGGAUCAGCGUGAGACACACCGGGAGAUGAAAAACCACGUUUAAGGACAAGAGCCUUUAACAGUGAUGAAGCUUCAGGACCCUUGAGUUAGGAUUUUCAUUAUUUCACAUCUGUGCUUAUGUUACGAGUUGAGUGCAGUAGAGGUGCACAUUUCUGGCUGUCCUUGAAUGCAGCACCGAAGGAGCCCUCUGGACUGAUUUAGAGAAGAUUUGUGAGUCUGAAGUGAAACCUGUUCUGGUCAGAGGAAAAGAGGGGAUCUAUCAUGACUGCAAGGAUUCAGGGAGCAGCGGGCAUGGACAAACCAGUGCCACGAAGCAGAGCAAAUGAGUCGAUGGUGAGAGUCAGGGGAGCCAUGUGGCUGGUGCUGGGCAUGCUCAGUCUGUCCCUGCUGCUGGUGGUGCUGGGAGUCUACGCAACAAUCCGAACAGAGAGCCUGAGUGUGUCUGGAUACACAUCUGGAGUGAUCCUGACCCUCGGCUCGUUCCUGGGACUUCUGGGGCUCCUCCUGGAAGAAAACCGUAAACAGCUGCUGACGGCUGCCAUUGUAUUCCUCAGCUUCGGGAUCAUCUUCUCUUUUCUGUGCCUGGUGAUUGAUGGCGCCUGUAUUGUCUUGAACAUGGACAUGCGUCCACUGAAGGAAGGGAGAUGUCAGUAUUACAGCAGUGGCAGCAGCUACGUCUAUGAGAAUUUCUACACCUCUGUGACAUGCUGGAAUCCAACAGAGUCUUGUAACAUGACUGUGCGAAGUGGGACCUGCUACUGCUGCGACCUGUACAACUGUGCCAAUGGAGGCUACCUCAGCAACUACUAUGAGUUUGUUGGAGUACAAAGCUGUGAGGAAGUUCUCACUCUGUACAUUUUGAUUUGGACGCUCACUGGCCUGAACCUCGUGGCCUUCUUCACAGGCAUCCUCACCACAGCGGUGCUGGGCAGCCUCAAGAACUGGAGGAGUAGCGGCCCUGUGAGCGAGCCCUCUGAGAGCACAGCAUCUUCCCCUACAGCUCCUCUGCUGAUGAACGCCAACACACACACGGCUCACCAGCUCCACCCAGGAGCCUCGAUGUAUUUUCCUGCAGCAGACGGGCCGGCAGCCUCACACAGUUUUCCCUCAUCGUCAGCUCCAUGGCAGAGUCCAGCCCUCCUCCCUUCACCCCGCUGACCAGCCUGCCUCCAUACAGAGUCCCCGGCCUCUCUGCCUGAGCACCACCGGCAGUGUUCAACCGGAAAAUGACUGAAAAACAUACAGUAUGGAGAAAGAAUAGAAAGGGAUAAACAUAUAGUGAUAUAUCAUAUAUUAUUAGGUAUAUUAUGCAGAAAUAUGAAGAUUUUGUUUACUAAAAAUAUAAAACUGGACGUGGAAAGAGCUUCCUGAAGAUAAACACACUGCUUUUGCUUUUGCUGUAGACAAUAAAGGCCUUAAGUUGUUAAAUGUUUGUAAAUGUAAUAAAUGUGGUCCGUAGGCUUUGACUAAACAGCACUUUAACUUUCACAAACAGCAGUGAAACCACACACAAGAACUAACACUUAAACACACGUGAAAUGUAUCUUUUAAAGUGGUGCUACCGUGGCUGACUGACAUGGAAACACUUCCUGUUAACCUUCACUUUUAUGAAUAAAAGAUGAACACGA